AUGAGUUCCAGCACGCAAGGCCCUCAAAGCCCGAAGAGCCCCGAGGGCAAGGAGAUCUCGUCGGCACCUCCAGCUGCCCUGACGCCGCUCAGUGCUGAGGCGCAAAACGCAGCUGGCAUUCUCCCUGCAACCUAUUGGAUGGAGCAACCGAUCCCCGAAGAUGAUAUAGAUGAUGGAGCGUCAUCGAUCGGCUCCGUCACCUCCACUAGCGUUUCCUUAAGCUCGACCAUUUUUCAGUACCGCGAAGUCCACGGUAGAACGUACCACGCUGAAAUCGGUAACGCCGAGGCGUGGGAGCCCAAUGAUAAACGCCACGUUGAUGCGAUGGAAAUCCUGCAUCACGCGAUCAUGCUACAGCUUGAAGGAAAGCUGUACCUAUCACCUCUCGACAAAAAGAAGGUUGAGAAGGUACUCGAUGUCGCGACAGGUUCUGGGCUAUGGGCGAUUGAUUUUGCCGACGAAUUUCCUAAUGCCGAGGUUAUAGGAACAGAUGUCUCCCCUAUUCAACCUUCAUGGGUUCCUCCGAAUGUUAAGUUCGAGCUGGAAGACUGCAACCGGGAAUGGGCCUGGCCCGAGAACACAUUUGACUUUGUCAACUUGCGUACACUUAUCGGCGUAGUUGAUGAUUGGUAUGCCCUUUUUCGGAAUGCCUAUCGCGUUGCUAAGCCUGGAUCUUACGUUGAAAGUUAUGUUCCGGGUUCUGACAUCUUGUCUGAUAACGGGUCUGUGAAGGAAGACAGUCCUUACGACCAAUGGUGUAAAGUGUUCCGGGAGGGUGGUAAAAAACUCGGAAGGACGUUUGCGGUAUAUCAAGAGGACCUUCAGCGGAAGUGUAUGGAAGCUGCUGGGUUCGUUGAUAUUCAGUUCAAGGAUAUUCAAGUCCCAGCGGGUGUGUGGCACCCCGAGAAGGGACCAGCGGAGAUCGGUCUUUGGUGGAAGAUUUCGGUUGAAGCGGAUCUUGAAGGAUACAUCAACUACCUAUGGAAUGCUGUCCUUGGUUGGACUCCGGAUGAGGCGAAAGUUUUUGCCCGUCACAUGAAGAGGGAUAUGAACGACCCCGAUAUCCAUGGAUACUUUAUGGCUCGUGUUGCAUGGGGACGGAAGCCAGAAUAG